GGAAAAAAAUUGCGCCAGCGAUGAAACAAAAACAACCACACGACACCGUAUUAGAACUGAUCCAUGGCUCCUCCUCCGUUUUCGUAAAUAGCUUUCUUUGUCAUCGAUAUAAUUCCACCGAACGUUAAUUUCUCGCUGCAUUCAAAAGUUUCUCUUUCUUUCUCUCUCUCCGAAUAACUAACUCCGUAUGGCUGUUAAAUCAUCUCAUUUAAUCGCAAUCCAAUCACUUUCAAGUCAAUUAAAUGAGAACUUAAACCUCUUCUGUAUUUAUUUGUUUGAGAAAUGUAUGCACCUUGCAUAGUAACACGAUUCUCAUAAUUCGCGCUUGUUCUCAUCAACUGGUGAAAUCGUUCUUCACAUUUCGUUGAAAAUUUGGAAAGAAAAAGGAAGAAGGAUCACUAUGUCUACCCAAGGGGUGCGGUUGCACAUUCAAGAUCGCUAUGUGGUGAUGGAUAAUGGUAUAGUUCAAGUGACGUUAUCGAAUCCAGGUGGAAUUGUUACUGGGAUAGCAUAUAAUGGUGUUGAUAAUUUGCUUGAAGUUCUCAACAAGGAGACUAAUAGAGGGUACUGGGAUCUUGUUUGGGGUGCACCAGGAAUCAAAGGAACCUUUGAUGUGAUUCAAGGAACGUUUUUCAGAGUUAUAGUUCAAAAUGAUGAACAAGUUGAGGUUUCAUUUACAAGAAUGUGGGAUCCUUCUCUUGAGGGAAAGUUUGUCCCCUUAAACAUUGACAAAAGAUUCAUACUGCUCCGAGGUUCAUCAGGCUUCUACUCUUAUGGAAUUUAUGAGCACUUAAGUGGAUGGCCAGACUUCGAUCUUAGUGAAACAAGGAUCACUUUCAAGCUUAGAAAACACAUGUUUCAAUACAUGGCUAUGGCAGACAACAGGCGAAGGCUUAUGCCUCUUCCGGAUGAUCGAUUACCAGGGAGAUGCCAAACCUUGGCAUACCCAGAAGCUGUCAAAUUAGUCAAUCCCAAGGAUCCUCAACUGAAAGAUGAGGUGGAUGACAAGUAUCAAUAUUCCUGCGACAACAUAGAUAAUAAAGUCCAUGGGUGGAUAUCUUUCAAUCCACCAGUGGGAUUUUGGCAGAUCACACCAAGUGAUGAGUUUCGUUCUGGUGGACCGCACAAGCAGAAUUUGACCUCACAUGUAGGCCCCACCACACUUGCAAUGUUUCUUAGUGGUCACUAUGCGGGGCAAGAUUUGAACCCCAAAUUCAAAGAUGGUGAACCAUGGAAGAAGGUUUUUGGUCCAGUAUUCAUAUAUCUUAAUUCUGGACCAGUUGGUGAUGACCCACAUUGGCUCUGGGAGGACGCCAAAAUACAGAUGAUGAAUGAAGUUCAAAGCUGGCCAUAUUCUUUCCCAGCUUCAGAGGAUUUUCCAAAGUCGGAUCAAAGGGGCAACGUUGGUGGCAGACUGCUCGUCUUAGACAGAUAUGUCAGCACAGACUUAAUAUCUGCAAAUGGUGCUUAUGUUGGUCUAGCCCCGCCAGGAGAUGCCGGGUCAUGGCAAAGAGAAUGCAAGCACUAUCAAUUCUGGACCAGAGCAGAUGAGAAUGGAUUUUUUACAAUCAGGAACAUACGUGCUGGCGACUAUAACCUUUAUGCCUGGGUUCCUGGUUUUGUUGGGGACUACAAAUUGGAUGAUUUGAUGAAGAUAACCCCAGGUUCUAAUAUUGAAGUGGGUGAACUGGUAUAUGAGCCUCCAAGGGUUGGUCCAACAUUGUGGGAAAUAGGUAUUCCUGAUCGAACUGCUGCAGAAUUUUAUGUUCCUGAUCCCAAGCCAGAACAUAUUAAUAAGCUUUUUAUCAACCAUCCUGAAAGGUUCAGACAGUACGGAUUAUGGGAAAGGUAUAUAGAAUUGUAUCCGGAAUCAGAUUUGGUUUACACAGUUGGUGUCAGUGACUAUAAGAGAGAUUGGUUUUAUGCCCAUAUUCCCAGAAAGAAAGAGGAUAAUAGCCAUCAAGGAACAACUUGGCAAAUCAAGUUUGAACUCAAUGAUGUGGUUCAAGGAAGUACUUAUACACUGAGAGUUGCAAUUGCAUCUGCAACAUUAGCUGAAUUGCAGAUUCGAGUAAAUGAUCCGAAUGCAAGGCGUCCUCUGUUUACGACUGGGCUAAUAGGGAGGGAUAACUCGAUUGCAAGACAUGGAAUUCAUGGACUCUAUUGGCUGUACAGUGUGAAUGUACCUGGUUCUCUUCUUAUAAAUGGCCCCAACACUUUAUAUUUUACUCAACCACGUUGCAACAAUUGUUUCCAGGGUAUCAUGUAUGACUAUAUUCGUAUGGAAGGACCUCCUUGAUUCCAAAUUAAACAUCUUUAAGCUAAGUGUUGGAAACUGAUUAAAUGGAACAACAUAGUAAUGCAUGUAUGUAUUGUAUUUUCAACAUAUUGGUAUGUAUAUUUUUGUUAUUUUUUUCUUUUAUUCUGUAAGUAGAUUUAAGAUGUAGAAACGUUCUAGAAUGACUUUAUACGUGAUAAAUUAAUAUUUAUGUUUAUUUGAUUA